AUGGCCACUGAAUAUCAAUACAAAGAUAUUAAACAAUGUCAAUUAAUACUCUGGGUGCUGUGCGACGGAGUUUAUACUAAUGAAGAGAAAAGUAAAAAUGAAUUUGUGCAAUCAUUGGAUUUUGGAUUUAUUUAUGAUACCGACAAUUCUGGCGUUGCUUCUUUAGCUUCAAGCCCUGUGGCCUCGGCAAUAUUGAAAGCGGAUAAGAAUCAAUAUCCGCAAUUAUUUGAUUCUGUUGUUAGUAGUUCUAUUGAUUCUAUACAACGUCGUAUAGCACCCAAAGAAAAUAUAUUUUCCGCUACAAAUUUUGGAUUUGACCCUAUAGCUAGUCAAGGCUUUUAUCCAUCGGCUCAAUCGGCAAAAUUAACGUUACAACCACAACGCUCACCUACUUAUUUGGCACCUCGAGAAGAACAGCUUAGUCCUUUAAGAUAUGAUAUUAGAACUGUUCAUGAUGCCCAUUACAAAGUAUAUAAGCCUGAAGACAAAGAAGAAGGAGAAAAUAUAUUGGCAGCUUUAAGAAAAGAUCCCACAGUUGCUGCUUACUUUCAACCAGCAGUAACAAGUGUUCAAGUGGCACAUCCUAUAGAUUAUCGGAAAGAAGAGUUAAAUGAAAAAUUAGAUACUAAACAAAACUACAAGACAAAUCCUUAUAUUACAGAACCAACCAGAAUUCGGCGCUAUGCUGGAGGAAAGAAAAAAGAAAGUUUAAGAAGUAGCGAGGAAGAAGAGGACGAUCCUUACCAUUAUAAAGCAGAGUAUAUUUCCAGACCUAAAGCCUUUGACGAUAGUCCGUACAGUAGUGCCUACAAAGAAGAAAGAAACCCCAAAAACGACUAUGAGUAUCCUUAUAAUUAUGAUUCAGGAUAUGACCAUAAGGAUUAUGAAAGAAUAAAAGACUUGUCUGAAAAACAAGCUGCAGAAAUCAAACAAAAUCCCGGCAACUGUAAAGAAGUGAAAAAGGAUGGUAUGACGUGUAUGUCCUGUAAAGAUCCAAAAACAGGUGGAAACUAUGAGUCGUGUUCGUAUGUAGCUGAACCAAAAAAUAAUAAAUAUGCUUAUUCAAAAGAAAGAAAGUUUGAUAGUAACGAUGAACCCGAUGAGCCUGAAAAUGAGCAAAAAGCAGAAAAGUCAGAAAAAUCCCAAGAAUACCUUGAAGACGAGGAAGAUCCUUCAAGUACAAAGCAAUAUAAUAAUAAAAAACCUUAUUCCAAUUAUAAAAGCGAAGACACUGAUGGGGACAAUGACGACAAGUAUAAAGCUUAUUACAUACAUACAUCAGCUCCUAAACCUAGCGAGGCUUUACGAGCAACUGAUGAUGAAGAAGAUUCCGGAGAGAAUAAUGAUUCUCUCACCAAACCCUAUAAUUAUAAAAAAGCUCUACCAGGUUUCUACACUGAUAAUGAACCCAAAAAGGACGUGGAACAUGUUUUAGCAGAAUUCAAGAAAAAAGAUAGAUCAGCGUGUAAGAAAGUACAAAAAAAUGGGAUGACGUGUUUUCAGUGCAUCGAUAACAAUGGCUUAAAGCAUGAAGAAUGUAUGUAUGUAUCGGAAUCGGCGCCGAAACUGAGUCAUUUAGCUUAUCAAGAAGUUAAAGAAUUUGCUUCUAAACCUGAGACACUUAAAGGAAACGAAACCGCCGAAAGUCAAAUAGUAACAACAAUUGCUCCUGCACAUAAAUCUGCUGCCUAUGUCGUAGCCAAUAGUGGAUACGGUAGGAAGUUAAAGCGCAAAAAGGCUCAUCAGGGUACGUUAGCUGCAACAUCCACUAAUCCUGUUGUAGCUGCAUUGCCCGAUGUUAUAUCUUCAGUUCAGAAACCUUUAAGAUCUCCUAAAGUUAAGAGAAAUGAGGGUUCACAAGCUGAAAUAAAUGCCGAAAUUGUUGAUGAAACCAAUAUUGCACCUCCAGAAGAGUUUGCAAGUACCAACUCAAAGGGCGCUUUUUGGACAGAAACUAUGCCUCGAUACAGCGCAUCUUUGGGAGUCACUUUGCCUGAAUUUAUGUUAUCUAGAUCAGAACAUGAAGUACUUUUCGAUGAAGCUGUUGCGGGGGCGUAA